GUGAACAAUACAAUAGGUACCUACAUAGUCGUUUACAAAUUCUAAUUUGAUAUUGAUUGAGUUGUAAAUUAUUACAGUCAAUGGCAGUAUAACAAAAUAACAAAACCCACAAUAUAAAUUCGAUGUUAUUGGUGAUCGUGUAAACAAAUAAAUAAUACAUAUUUGUGAGCUUUUAUUUAGCAGUGCCCUUUGGAAAGUUAAUAAACAGAAGUUACCGAGUAAUUAUCUACUUGUCACUCAAUCAUAUGUUAUCAAUUAGUGAUGUCAGUUUGUUUACUAAUGAAAGAUUAGGAUAAAAACGUCUAAUUUUUCUUCUUUUCGUUAUGAAUUUCGAUGAAUCGCCUGGAGGUUCGUCGAGUAAAGGACAAGAAAAUGGCGACGAUUCGAAUGGAUCUGAUCGCCCACUCAAGAAAGCACGUUUUGCAUGGCAAGUUAAAGGCAAAUACCAUUUAAAAAAUGAUGCAAACGAUGCGGCCGUGGAUGCUACAACAUCUACUGAGUCAGAAUCCACUGAUGAGGAAAUGGCUGGUUGUUCAGGCUAUACUUGUUUGACACCAGAUGACCUAUUAGACAAUACCAAUACCGACAUAAGUGAAGCUAUAGAUCCAUAUUUAGACACCUUAGGUGAAUACAUUUACGAUCAAGAGCUGAAAAACCUACAAUAUGUUACUGGUAGUGCUGAUGAAUCCCUUCGAAGAAUAAGUAAAAUAGAAGAUUUUGAAUAUAAAACUACAAGAAAUGAUUCUGUUAUUGGUAGUUAUGAAGUGGACUCUGUUCCUAUGUCAUUAGUAGCAUCAGAGACUUACACAGAAGACCAGUGCAUAGCUCGGUGGCAGGCUAAACAGAUGGCGAGAGGAUCUAUUGACAAUACAAUAAACCGUGUCCUAGAUUUCUGUAAAGAAAAUACAUUAACACCUGAAGAGGACCAUGUAGCACAUGAUGUGGCAGAACUAAUAAACAAUCUCCCUGAGGAUGACAGUAUUGAAAAUGAAGGAAUACUUAUGGCUAUCUCAGCUCACGGAUUACAAAAUGCAUCCAACUCUUCUUUAGCUAGAGUUGGGGAAUUUGAAGAACAAUGUGACUCAAUAGACUAUGAUGGAAUGCAACCAAAUGUAGAAAUUAGUGUACCUAAUUCUCGGUUGGAUGUAGAAUCUCCAGAAAGAUAUCAACAUGGUUUAAAUUUAGGAUUGAAUAAUAUAGAUAUGCAAUGGUCUUAUUCAAACGCUGAAAGGAGUAGAGGAAAUGCAAAUUCCCCAUCUCCAUCAAAUGUAGGCCUGCCAUUUGCAUUUAUUGAGAAUCUCCGUAAUGGUGAUGUAGCUUCUGGGAUUAUGAAUGAUUCUGACAAUCACUGUGAUGUCCUUGAUGCGGCCGUUCUGUUUGCCAUACAGAGCAAAGGAUUGACUACGUUUGGAACUGACUAUGGCUAAGAUUUACAUUUAGUUUGUUUUUGUUUUUGUAAAAUAUACUGUUGCUUAUAAAGACUAAUAAACUGAAGCACAAAAGGAUUUUAAGUAUAAGUGUAAUGCGGUUCUGCCAUAAAAUCAGUAUUUUAAAAUAAUAAAUUUUCUUAACAAUUUAUUUGUUGAAAUGUAACAAAUUCAUGUAAAUAAAACAUACCUAUUAGUUAUAGUUAUAUAUCUGAGGAGAACUAUGUAUACUGUACUAGUGUCAAAUGUUGUAGAGAAGUACAAAAGUUUCAAAUGUUUUGAAACAUAUAUCAUGCGACUGAUUUUGAAAAUGAGGACUUCAAUUUUUUACAUUACCAAUGCAUGUUUUAUUCUUAAUUUGUAGAAUAAUUAUAACAUUAAUCUCCUAUAUUAUCUGUCCAUUAUUAUUAAACAUUAGGUACAUUA